AUGGGCAACUGCACCAAGACCCCUGAGCGGAGGCUCCCCAAGGUAAGGCCGGCGGCCUGCGCCCGCCCCGGCGGGCAGGAGGAGGAGGCGGCGCAGUCUCCCCCGCUGCAGAACUACUCGGUGCUGCAGGGGCUGGUGGGGCCGGCCUGCAUCUUCCUGCGGCAGAGCAUCGCCAUCACCCAGCUGGACCGAGAGCUGCGGCCGGAAGAGAUCGAAGAACUGAAGCAGGCCUUCAAGGAGUUCGACAAGGACCACGACGGGUACAUCAGCUACAAGGACCUGGGCGAGUGCAUGCGGACCAUGGGCUACAUGCCCACCGAGAUGGAGCUCAUCGAGCUCUCCCAGCAGAUCACCGGGGGCAAGGUGGAUUUUGACGAUUUUGUGGAGCUGAUGGGCCCCAAGAUGCUGGCGGAGACGGCGGACAUGAUCGGGAUCAAGGAGCUGCGCGACGCCUUCCGCGAGUUCGACACCAACGGGGACGGGCAGAUCAGCGUGGCGGAGCUGCGGGAGGCCAUGCGCAAGCUGCUGGGGCAGCAGCUCAACUACCGGGAGGUGGAUGAGAUCCUCAAGGACGUGGAUCUCAACGGGGACGGCUUGGUGGACUUCGAAGAGUUUGUGCGGAUGAUGUCGCGCUGA